AUGCUGAAGUUCCAGACCGCGACCAAGGAGGACCUGAAGCUCGCCGCGUCCAUUCAACGGCGCAGGCAGAUCGAGGCGGAGAGAAAACAACGGAUAUUCAAUCCACGUUUCCGGAAAAUCGGGGUAGACAAGGAAUCCUUGGACAAACAGGUCGAGGAAAAGAAGCAGCAACGGCAGCUGGAACAGGCUCGGGAAUCCCAGCUCGACGAGAAUUUGGUUCGGAGCAGUCACGUCGCCUUGCUACUCGAGAAGCAACAGCAUGAGGAGAGACGGAAGAUCAAUCUCGAGAUCGAAGAUUUUCGUCGGCACUACCAGCGCACAGAGGACCGACGAGAUUACGAUCUCUACGACCCGCAGGCAUUGAAAAAAUCGCUUCCAAUACGGCUCGGGGAUGACGAUCCGCGGUUCGGUUUGGGCUGCGCGCAAAAAUUCGAGGGCGAGAUGGGCGAGUCGAAGGAACGUUUACGGGCGCAAAAGGAGGAGAGACGGUACUGGAUUGAGAAGCAAAAGGAGGAACGUGUGCAGGCCGAGAGAGAUUGCCAGGAAGCCGAGAAAGCGUACCAGGAAGCCGUCAUCUCCAGGGACAAGCGUGCCAUGGCGUUAGAUCAGAUGGAACGUGAAUGCCGUCGAAGGUUGAACGAAGCCACCGCAAGAUUCAAUCGGGCCCUGGCGGAUGAGCAGGAGCGUCGCCGUCACUGCGAAGCCCUUCUAGACGAGGAGGACAAGAAGGCGGAAAUCUACAAUCACGUGACUGGGGACUUCCUGACCGAAGCCAAGGAACAGGCGGAGAGCACUCGUGGACCGCUCAAACCGCUGGCCUCCCGUUACAAGGGCAUGAAUCCGGACGAGCUUAAAGCUUUCAGGGAUGGCCAAGCCCGUCAGAUGGAAGAAAUCGAGAAAAUGAAAUUGGAGGAAAAGCGAAUGAACGAAGAAUGGGACCGGUUGAUGAAUUCGCACGCGAUCAUCGCGGAUUCGUACCAACGUGAAAUGGACCAGAAGAGGGCGGAGACGAAUAAGAAGAUUGCCGAAGAGAAUUUACAACUGGCCGAGGAACAUAAGUCCCAUCAGGAGUAUCUUAAUCGAGUCCUUUACAAAAACAAACCGACAGCUGCCUUUUUCGAACAAUUUAACAAGGAUGCUCGUUAA